AUGGCUAAUAAUCUACCGACCGAGCUUGUCGAGCGGAUCCUUUCCUUCGCCGCCACGACAAAUACACGUACCGCCCUCGCAGUAUGUCUGACCAACAGAUUGGGUCGACGUGCGGGCCACCCGAUUCUUUACCACACACUGGAGCUACCUGGCGACGAUGGGGAUAACAAUGCAGGUCUCCUUCCCAUUCGCAUGAGAAGUUUUGCGCUGUUGUGCCGGACCAUACUUGGAAGCCCUUCUCUGGCGAUACAUGUGCGCGAUAUCAGUGCAUAUGUUCACGAUAUCGAUGGUCUGGAGCUUCCGGAAGCUCCAAUAAGUCUCUCGAUAUUAGACCGGCUAUUUCGAAACGUAACCUCGAUGGGUCCGGCAGGAAUAGAAUGCACUGGAAACUGGCUAAGUUCGCAGUAUCAGAUUGCGUUCGCUGCAGAACGUGAUCGCGAUGCUCAAGCUUCGGUGCAGAUGUCAGACACGAUUGAACCUACAUUCGCACCGGAGGUCUACCUUGCCUUGUUGACACUUGCCUGUCGACGCAUUCGAAAAAUACACGUUUCUGGGCCCACCACAUUACUUCUGAGACCUUUCAUGCAGCUCGGAACGUUGUUACAGAUGAAACUGCCCGGACGACAUCGCAAUUCGGAUGGCUUCAGUAGCGUGAGGGAGAUUCACUUCCGAAAACCCGCUGGCAAAAUGGAGACCAACUGGAAACUUCAAUAUGUCGGACAAGCUUUGAGAUGGCCGUCCGUUGAGGAUAUCAGAAUCGACGCUCUUCAUGGCGGAAUGCUCAGAAUCAAUGCCCUGUACGGCGGGACAACCACUCCGUUCUUUGGGCCCGAGUUCCAAUCUACCCUGACCACACUCCACAUCAUGGAUGCCAUGACGCCUAUGGAAGACCUCAGUAUUCUACUUCCCGCCUGCUCCAGACUCAAAUCCUUCACCAUGUCAUGGUCCAAUGCGUACGAUGCGUAUCGGCAAAGACAAUGGCGAUAUCUAGCAACGCUUCUACAAGAACACUGUCCUUUGCUUGAAAAACUCGACCUGGACCUUCCUCGUGCAGAAAAUCUCCAAAUUAUCUCCGUGGGAGCUUUUCCAGGGCCCGGCGUGUUCCGGCAGACCGGAGGCACAAAGGUUAACAAUCUAGGGAUAGGAAGUCUGCACAGAUUGAGACACCUGCGGAAACUUCGAGUGCCUUCCAUUGUUCUAUUUGGCGUGUUUGAAGAUGUGGAAGAGCGAGACCAUGAUUGGACUCUACCUGAGCUACUGCCGAGCUCUCUCGAAGAGCUGGACGUUCUUUGUGAAGGCAAAGAGUUCACAGAUCACGACUUGAGUCUUUUGGAUUCUGUUGGGAUGGACAGCCUUCGGAGUGUCACGAUCAGGAACUGUUUCAGAAACCAGUGGAUCUCGAGAGAUCGUAGCGGGAGACUCACAUUUCAGCCCGGUAUGAAGCUUCGCAAUGCGUUUAGAUAA